GUUGUUUGUGUAUUGUUUUGUUUUGCUGCUGUAAGUGAUCGUGCGGAACGAUGGUGGAACGAAACCUGGUGAAUGUGCUGCUGCUGGGCGGCGGCUUCAUGCUGAUCUUUACCUCGUUUCAAACACUUGGUAACAUUGAGCAAACCAUCAUCGACAGCAUCAAGAAAGACGUACCCUCCUUCAAUGGUGACGGAUACACGAGCCUGGCCAUUAUCUAUGCUGCCCUCUCUUUAUCAAACUGGGUCAUGCCGUCAGUCCUGUCCGCCAUCGGACCGCGGCUGGCGAUGGCCAUCGGUGCUAUCACCUACUGCCUCUUUAUGGCGAGUUUCUUCGUGCCGCACGUCGUACUGCUGUAUGGGUGCAGCGUGGUACUGGGUGCCGGUGCCGCCUUGAUCUGGACCGGGCAGGGCAUGUACCUAUCCCAAUGCAGUACCGGUGAAACGAUCUCGCGCAAUUCCGGCAUCUUCUGGGCGAUGCUGCAGAUGAGCAUGUUCUUCGGGAACCUGUUGGUGUUCUUCACAUUCCAGGGCAAGACGCACAUCGAUGAGACGACGCGUAGUAUUGUGUUUGCGGUGCUUAUCGCGGUCGCCAUCGUUGGUUUGGUGCUGCUGACCUGCCUGCGCCGUCCUUCGGCGAACGUUGGCGAUCUGCCGGUGGAGCUGAACACUGAGGUUCGUCCGCGACAGGCCUUCCUUAAUGCGAUUCGUCUAUUCCAAACACCACGCAUGAUACUGCUAAGCAUUACGUUCGUCUACACGGGGCUGUCGCUAUCCUUCUUCAGCGGUGUUUACGGUUCGAGCAUCGGUUUCACGAACGCAAUCGGCACCUCGGCCAAACAGUACGUUGGCCUGAACGGCGUUUUCAUCGGUGUCGGUGAGGUACUCGGUGGGGUAGCGUUUGGUCUCCUCGGUACCCGUACUACCACCCGCUGGGGUCGCGAUCCGAUCGUGAUUGCCGGUGGCGUACUGCACAUGGUUGCUUACUUCCUAAUCUAUCUGAACCUGCCGAACAGUGCGCCGUUUGGCAACACGGACGCACUGUCCUACAUCCAACCACCGAGUGCCAUUGUCGCUAUGUGUUGCUCGUUCCUGCUCGGUCUCGGUGACGCCUGCUUCAACACCCAGUGUUACUCGAUGCUGGGCGGUGUAUUCAAAAGCCAACCGGCCGAAGCGUUCUCCAUCUUCAAGUUUACCCAGUCGGUGGCAGCUGCGGCCAGCUUCGUGUACUCCUCCUACUGCGGCCUGCACGUACAGCUGGUGAUACUGGUCGUGCUAGGCAUCAUCGGUACGAUCACGUUUUGUCUGGUGGAGUUCGCUGUUAAGCGCGAACGUCCCACGUUGGAGCGAGAUUACGAGAAGUAAGUUAGUUGCCGGGGGUUGGUUGUUGUGAUUUCAAGACAGGCAAAACCUUACCUGCCGAUCGCCGACGGAUGCUGCCGGUGGUCCAUCAUGUUGGGAAAAUGGUGUAUCUUCUUGCCGAACCGCCCAUUCGCCGGUACGAUGCCACCGAAGUAUACGGGACUGUCCGCUGUAGCAAAACGGGAAGCGAAAGCGAAAAACCGAAAAGGAUCUUUUAACAGCAGUGCAAUUAUUUGCAAUUAAUUAGUGUACAGAACUGUAGUAGCCAUUAAGUUAUUUCCCAUAAGGAGGUGUAACAUUACCCGUUUAAAAUCAGUUAGUGAUUUAAUGUUAUUAUAUUCUUAACUUUCAAUUUUUUCCACAUUUUUGUUCCUAAUAUUUUAUCUGUUAACAUUCGUACAGCAUUAUUGUUUUAAAUGUUAUUAAAGAAAAUGCGUUAGAGCAAAAGUUAAAAUUCCAAAUUCAGGUUCAACCACAGUAAGAUAAUUAUUCACAUUCCGUGCGUGCUUAAGAACUGUUAGCUUGCAUCGUUUUUGCUUGAACUCUCUAAUUUACCUAAAGCAGCGGGAAGAAUUGCACCAUCGCAGGUCGUUAGCAGCGUCCCCACGACACAUAACGCCACCAAUCCAAUGAUGACGGUGUAACCGGACGAUGCCUGGAACGUAGAAGGGAGAAGCAAGCAUUAAUACAUAAUUUUAAUAUAAUGCUGCGCCCUACUGUAUGGGCAUUAUUUUGCGAAGCAGCGAACUAUGUACAUCGAAAUGAUCGCCGGUUGAAAAAAAAUAGAUGGUAAAGCAUCGUCGAGAAUCGAAUGCGCGAUGACCUUGCCCUGUUGCGCGCUGGGUUCAUCGGUGUGCGGAAUGAAUUACACAAAGCAUCCGCAUGAUUCAUACGUGUGGAAUCUGGCGUGGUGUGUUAAGAGGCAACAACGGAACCGCUGGAAUACGAUUUUACGCGGUCAAAAGAUCAGCACGACGCCAAUUAGCGUUACGUUUAGCGCCUCAUUAGCUUCACUAUCUGCGAUAUAAAAAUGUUAAAAUGUUAACUUGCUUUGUAAUAAAGUUGAG